CAAAUCAUUGCCGCGUUGAUUGAAGCCGGAUGUCGUUUGGCUGAACCAGGAGAAUAUACGCAACGUGCAUUCCUGAACGGGAAGAUGGAUCUUUCACAGGCAGAAGCGGUGGCGGAUUUGAUCGCCUCACAAUCGCGUAAUGCACAUGAUAUCGCCCUGAAGCAAUUGCGUGGAGGAUUUUCUUCGGAACUGAAAGAUUUGAGAGAAAAGCUGAUUCACUUCGCCUCAUUGGUGGAACUGGAGCUCGAUUUUGCUGAGGAAGAUGUGGAAUUUGCCGAUCGAACGGAGCUCAAGCAGUUGGUGAGUGAUGUAUUGACCUACAUUCGUCGGCUUUCAGAAUCCUUUGAAUUAGGAAAUGCCAUCAAGAAUGGUGUUCCCGUAGCAAUUGUUGGGGCACCGAAUACGGGGAAAAGUACCUUAUUGAAUCGCUUAUUGGGCGAUGACCGUGCAAUCGUAAGUGAUAUUGCUGGAACAACGCGCGACGUAAUUGAAGAAACACUCAACAUCGAAGGAAUUCUAUUCCGAUUGAUAGACACAGCUGGAAUUCGUGAGAACGCUGAAGAGAUUGAAGCGAUGGGAAUUGAGCGAUCGAAGGAAAAGAUCAAACAGGCGAAAGUUGUUUUAUGCAUGGCUGAUGCUUCUGACGCGAACGGUUUAAACGAAGCCAUUACCUGGGCCGAAACCUUGAAAUCGACACAUCCUGAAAAGAAGAUUCGAUUAAUCAUCAAUAAAUCUGAUUUGGCGCAGCCCGAAAAAGGAGAUGCAAUUGUCAUCAGCGCAAAAGAAGGUCAAAACAUCGAUGCAUUGAAAAGUUGGAUGUUGGAAGCCGUAACCGAUGGUUUUGAUAUGGCGAAUGAAACAAUCGUUUCUAACGCGCGACACAACGCCGCCUUGAUUAAGACAGCUGAGGCACUCGAAAAAGCAUUAGAAGGGCUGGAAACAGGCAUUACAGGCGAUUUUGUUGCAAUGGACAUCCGUCAGGCCAUGUUUGAACUCGGAAGCAUUACAGGAGACAUCUCCACAGAC